AUGACAAAAACUUAUUCGGGUGCAGAAGUUGUCGCAAAGGCCCUUAAAGACCAGGGUGUCGACGUUGUAUUUGGAAUUGUCGGCAUUCCUGUUGUUGAAGUUGCAGAAGCGAUCAUUUCUGAAGGAAUUAAAUUUAUUGGAUUUAGAAAUGAGCAAUCUCUUAGUUAUGCUGCAGGAGCUUACGGAUUCUUAAGUGGUCGUCCAGGAGUCUGCCUAGUAGUAUCUGGCCCUGGUGUUGUACAUUCCUUGGCUGGACUAGUCAAUGCACAAGUCAAUUGUUGGCCUUUACUUCUCAUUGGUGGAUCAUCGGACACUUAUCAACAGGGAAUGGGUGCUUUUCAAGAAUUAGAUCAAAUAACACUUUGCAAACCUUAUUCCAAAAUCUCUACAAGGCCAUCUUAUAUAUCGCAAAUUCCAAACGUGAUAGACAAAGCAAUCAAAACUAGUAUUUAUGGCCGACCAGGACCUGUUUACAUUGAUCUGCCAGCAAAUUUUAUCCAAGGAUCUAUUGAUUAUGAAUCAAUGAAUUUACCAGGUCGUGCAAUUGAUUCUCCUAAAUCACUUGCUGAUCCACGGAGUGUAGAAGAAACCGUUCGAUUAUUAGUGAAUGCCAAAAGACCAUUAAUUAUAAUUGGCAAAGGUGCUGCUUAUUCAUGUGCCGAAAAAGAGAUUAAUGAGUUGAUCGAGAAGACUAGAAUUCCUUUCCUUCCUACUCCAAUGGGAAAAGGUGUUGUUUCUGACUCUCACCCAUUAUGUGUAUCAGCAGCACGAUCCAAAGCUAUUUCUAAUGCGGAUGUUAUAAUACUCUUGGGGGCGAGACUUAACUGGAUUCUUCAUUUUGGAGCACCACCUAAAUUCAGCAAAAAUGUAAAAUUUAUCCAAGUUGAUAUUUUGCCUGAAGAACAUAACAAUCAUCGACGCAUUCAUGUAGCUUUAUUGGGCCAUCUGCCUCUUGUUGUUUCUCAAUUACUUUCUUGUUUACCAUCAUCAUUCAAUCAUCCAUCGACAUCAGAUUAUAUUCAAUCAUUGCGACAAAAAAUAGAUGAAAACAUUGCUAGUACCAAUGAAAAGUUUAAAGAUGAUACGAUUCCCAUGAGUUACCAUAGGGCUUUUUGGGAAAUAAAAAAGAGAUUACCUCAAAAUGAUAUAGUAUUUGUAAGUGAGGGAGCAAAUACGAUGGAUAUUGCAAGAUCAAUUUUUGAUUUGCAUGAACCUCGAUGUCGAUUAGAUGCUGGUACCUUUGCUACAAUGGGAGUUGGAUUGGGAUUCGCUAUUGCCGUUACUAAUAAUUUACCUAAUCUGUAUAAUGUUGUUCCUAUAGCAAAAGUUUAUUAUCCAAGUAAAAGGGUUGUUGCGAUUGUAGGAGAUUCUGCUUUUGGAUUUAGUGCCAUGGAGAUCGAAACAGCUGUGAGGGCCCAUCUUCCAAUGAUUAUUAUUAUAAUUAAUAAUAAUGGCAUAUACCAUGGUCUUGAUAUAGAUUCAUAUAAUUCGACAUCCCUAAAUGCGUUACCAUCAACUGCGCUAUUACCCGAUAUAAGGUAUGAUCUUAUUGCCGAUGCUACAGGGGGUAAAGGUUAUUUCGUGAGGACACCACAGGAACUGGACAAUACUAUGGAAGAGGCGUUAAAAGACGACGAAAAAGUUAUAGUAAUAAAUGUGAUGAUACAACCAGGUGGUCGAAAGAAACUGGUAUGA